UACCAUAUUCCACAGAUAUAAUAAAUUGGUAAGGGUUCAUGCUGAAAGCACAUAAAUGAUGAAUAAACACAUUUGUAUUUUUCUCUAUCGUUGAUUGCAUCCGUUCCUGCCAUAGGAUAUAAAAUAAACCGAGCCAUACAACAGUAAUGUGGUCUAUAAUAUGGAAACAAUUUCAUCUACUUUGUAUUGACGCAUGUUAAAGGGGCGUGUAUACUUAUUGAAAUUUCUGCAAUCACCCAAAUCGUGUACGCGCGUUCAUGGGGAGCUCUGACUGAACCAGAGCCGUUUUGAACAUCACCAACCGUGUGCGCGCUGCAAAAAUAGCCAACGGGAAAACGGAGACGCGGUGGUUUUGAUUAAACCGGGAAACGAAGUGCUCUUCUGAAUGAAAAUCAGAUGUUUGUUUUUUUAGGUUAUUUUUACGACAAUGUGCGACGCCGACGCCUCUUGCUGAUGUUCCAGCUUUCAUUUGAUCUGCUCUCGCUCGUCUGCGGAAGAUCCGUAAUUGAGAUCUUGACAGCAUUACAGCCGAUGAGAGGUGCACCGGAUAUGCUAUUUAUACCCAGACACAUUGAGCAGCAAUAAUGCGAAUUGUCGAUAUUGUCAUAGACAUUUACUUUGCCAUGUAAUCUCAAUCGUUUCGCCUGCAUUCUUGCACGGAGAGCGGAGGUGGAAAGGAACAGAACGGGGUUUUUUUUCAUUCACCGAAUGCAUUAUCAAAACGCUCCAAUCAAUGAUUUUUGUUUUUUGAUCCUUGUUUCAUGAUCAAUUCUGAUGUGACAAGGACGUACUGUAUCUGGUAGGCUAAUCAAAUCAAGGAAGGACACCGUUUACCUCUUUACUACUUCAAUCAGACAAAUCUUUAUUUAUCUCCAGUGAGUGGACUCGCGGCAGAAGCGCAUUUCUGAGGGUACCGGUGGGGUAGAUAGGGGGAGAUAGAGACGCCGGAAAUAGCAGAAACAAAUCACAGGAGAGUAGACGGUUGGGAGCAAGCGAGAAAAAAAAUGCUACCUUCGCAAGAAGCCUCAAAGAUUUACCAUGACAACUAUAUGCGUAACUCUCGAGCCAUCGGUGUACUGUGGGCCAUCUUCACCAUCUGCUUCGCUACCAUCAACGUGGUAGUCUUCAUCCAACCAUACUGGAUCGGGGACAGCGUGAGUACACCACAUGCCGGUUAUUUCGGGUUGUUCCAUUACUGCGUGGGCGACGGUAACUCGAACCGGGAGCUGAUUUGCCAGGGAACAUUUUCCGACUUCAGUUCCAUCCCGUCCGGCGCGUUUAAGGCGGCCUCUUUCUUCGUGCUGCUGUCCAUGGUGCUCAUUUUGAGCUGCAUCGGCUGUAUGGCGCUCUUCUUCUUCUGCAACACCGCCACCGUCUACAAAACCUGCGCUUGGAUGCAGUUGCUUUGCGCUGUGUGCCUGGUGCUGGGCUGUUUAAUUUUCCCAGAUGGCUGGGAUGCAGAGGUCAUCCGGGAUAUGUGCGGAGAGGAAACAGGAAAGUACACACUGGGAAACUGUUCAGUUCGCUGGGCUUACAUACUGGCCAUCAUCGGCAUCCUAGAUGCUCUCAUCCUGUCCUUUCUUGCUUUUGUCCUCGGAAACCGCCAGAACGACUUCAUGCACGAAGAAAUCAAGGCUGAAAAUAAAGAUUGAGAUCCGGGAUACCAGGGACCCUCGAUUCGGUGUCCAGCGGUUUCCGUAAUGAGACAGCAUCCUCCCUACGUUAUCUACUCCUCCAUCCCUCUCUCCUUGUCCUCAGGCCUGUGUCUCUAAACUCAGUCAGGAUGCUGCUAGUGCAGCUCUUUGUAAUAUAGAAAAAGACUGGAAUAAACUUCAAAAAGAGAACAUAUUGAACAUACACCAGUUUAAAAAUCAUGUGAAAUUAAAACCAAUAAAAAGAAGAAAAGAUCAGCUUUACAUAAACCAACAACUCUGGGAAAGUAAAAAGUUACACAAAUUACUACUGUUAUUUAAUAAUGCUUUGAUGACAAUUAUGAUGAUAGUCAUGAUUAUGCUUGCAACAGCGAUAUUAUGUUCAGACUUUCAUAUUUUAUCUAAAAUGGGGAACAUAUUUAUAGCUUUAAGAAAAUAUAAGGGAAUCAAUGCAUAUGUACAAGAGUUUGGGUGCUACUUUGGACACGCAGAUGAAAAGGAAAAACAUCAAGCCAAAAAUUUAAAUAAACAAAAAAAAAUAAAGAAAAAAAAUAAAAAACAUGAUAAAAACAUUUUGUACAGCACCAGAUGUAAUUUUGAAGACCAUGUUUUUCUGACAAAUUUUGAAUUGCCCUCUUUGUACAUGUGGUCAGCAAUCAGAGUUAAUUGAUGAAUUAAAUAGUUCAAUUGUAAAUUCUAUAUUUAUAUGGAUACAGGGUACAGCCAUUAAGCAUUUAUUCACCCACAUCAUAUUCCUUCUACUAACUGGAAUGGAUUUAACAGAUUUAUUAUUUUAUCUCUCAUUUCACCUGAAGGUACCAAUGAUCAUUCUAUGACUGUGCUGCAGAAAACACUGAACAACAGCUGAAUACACCGCUAUCCCACAUACAUCUAAUUUGGCAUGCAAAUUCCUUUUUACAUUUCUUUAUCAAUUAACUGUUAUGAGAUUUAUGAUUAGUGAUUUGCACAUGAACAUUCUUUGGACUCAGCUACAUUAAUUUCAUAAUAUGUUUUCUUCAGCUUUUUGUGUUCAUUGGACAAAUAAUUUUUUCCCCAUCAAUCAUUUGUCUUGAGGAAAAGCCCUGCAUGCUGCAUUUUACUCAGGCCCUUAUCUGCCAUAUACCACACUAUAGAGCAUAGUGGUACAGCACAAAGUUAACCAUAACACAUCUAGCUGACCCCUGGUAAAAAAAUAUAACAUAUAAAAUAGCUUGAAUUUCAUGUUGGCAUAUUCUAGUUUUAGCUGAUAAAGUGAUGGUCUAGCUGGUGGACCAGCAUAGUGAUGCUGAUCUCAAACAAAACAGCAUGGUCCACCAACACUCCGGCUUCACCUGGUGACCAGCAAUGCUGUAUUUUUCAGCAGGGACUCCUGAGACUUGGUAUAGUGUCAUGAUAAAUGGCAUGAUCUCUGUUUCCAAGAUGUGUUGCACAAUUAUUCACACAAUUUCUUAGCAUAAAGUCCCAUUACAUUAAAUGGACUGUUGUCCCUUAAUUCUUCACAUAUGCAAAAUGCAACAACUGAUUCUCGUAGUAGAAAUCAACGAAUAAGAAAAAUCUGAAUAUUUUGUUAUAAAUUCCUUAAAUAUUUGAAUCAUGAUGAACCAUUCAAACAAAAUAGGAAUUUGUGUGCCUAAGGUUGUACUUGUGUUUGUGUUUUUUAUCAACACCUCCCUCCACUUUGUGUUAAACUUUAUCUUGUUAUGGCAAAAUUUCUGCUGUGGCAGUGGCUGGAGCAAACAAAGACCAUCAAGGUGAACUGGAGAAGAAAGCUUACACUAAUUAGGAUCAUCUCAAGAGGAAAGCCCUGUUGGGGGUAUGUCUGGCCCCUAGUCUGCAGCCCCUUUCUGCCGGAUUUUGGAGAUGACAUGAAAUGGACAUACUCCAUGGUGCUUAAAUCCUCCUAACCCUUAUGAAAAGACUGCUUUGCUGCUCCCCAUCUACCUCAGUCUUGAACCCCUCCUACUCUAUUUUCUUGAUAUGCUCCACUGGGAAACCAGAGAUGAAUGCUGAGAUCAGAUGGAGAGUGAGGCUAUGUGGAGCCAGAAGAUUAGACUGCACUGGACUUGGCUUUCUAUUCUGUAAUCCUAAAACACAUUUUCUCCAUAAAUUCCCAUACAUUUCUACACUACUAUUCAAAAGUUUGGAAAUGCUAAGAUAUUUUUUUUCAAGAACCUGAGUCAUUGAUUCACCUAGGAUGUAUUUAAUUGAUCAGAAAUGAAUAUAUAGGCAUUUACAAUGUUACAAAUGCUGUAUUAUAUACAGUUGUAAAUGCUUCACUAUUUAAACUCUGUUCAAACGCUACGUUAGCAUUCAGUUUAUUAAAAUAUUCAAUUGAAGUUUCCUUUCGUUGUCACUCUGAGUUCCGUCAGAUGACGACGAAUGGGGUUUCGCUUAGAAAGCCUAUCGACUUUGAGUAUUACAAAGCGAGCCAAUGGCAAAGAAAUGCCAUGGGUCUGCGGAUUUUGCAUAGCGUAUCUCCGCCUUACCUUGUGGAUAUAAAAAGGAGGACGCCGCAACAUGCAGGUAUGUUUUCGCUUCGGAGCCAAGAGUUUUCUUCACUCCUGCAGCCUAUUCUCUGACUAUUUUUGAGAAUCUUCUAGACGAGCAGCUUCCAGCCGGUGUUGGUGUGAUGGCGAGUUACAGCGUGUGUGUUUCUUCCUGGGCGCUUCAGCACUGCUGCAAGCUUUUCUCCCACAAAAAGACUUUUCUCUCUUUCUAAAGACGAUCUGCCCUUGUAUUUCUGAGUGCGGUAUUCUGAUAGAUUCAGCUGAUGGGUGCGAGCGCUGUUUUGACGUGUUUGGGCUCCGUUUGCACUCAGACAGCGCUUGUGGGUGUGUCAUGUUCUCCCAGCGGGAACGUGACCAUCGCAAUGUAACGGUUGAGACUCGAUGAGCUCAAUAGAGUGAGAGUCCUCUCAUCCACACCCCGAUCUAUUUUUCUCCACGUGAGAUAAUACUUCGGCUGCUGGCCAGGGUGACCUAAGAUGGCAGGUCUGGAACUAAACUGACGAAAAUUCCUUGGUUCACACCCCGUCUUUCACAUUGCAACACGCGUGGUCCCAAGUGAGUUCGCAGGCCCGCCUGCGGGCCCGUGGUCUCAUUCAGUCCCCUGGCUGAUGAAAUCAUGUAUAUCGCCGCAUCACAUGGUGAGCUGGAGUCCUCUAGUGAUGAUGGCUCGUCAGUGCUGCUGUCCAGUUUGAAGUUUGAUCCAGAGUUCAUAGCUAUGCUUUUCUGGGUUGUCGCGAGUAUCGGGCUUGUGUGGAACCAUCUGCCAUGUCCCGAGCACUUAAGGCUGGUGAUUGGUUUUUGGGGGUGGCGAACCCAAAUCCUUUGUAGCAAAUGCAACAUUUAAUAAUAUACAUAAAAUGUAUUUAAGGGCCAAUUUAGCUCAAAGGAAAAUGAUUAAUUGAUUUGCAAUGAAUCUAGGGAACCGAGCAAAUGACUCGUUUGGAGUUCAUUUGAACGGGCAGUAAUUUGCAAGGAUAUAAAUACCCAAUCUAUAGUGAAACACUAUGUCUUAGCAAGGUAACUUUAGAUCGAACAGUACAAUGCAUUAAAUCUGCAAAC